AGGGGCGGGGCUUCUGGUUAAGAGCCCAGCGCGCGACGCCAGCAUUUCAGUGAGAGCUUCCAGAGUUAAAGAAUUGUGUUAGGAAAGUUUUUUUUUUACUUCUGUUUUUUAAUCUUUAAGAACUAAUCAUCAUGAUCAUCAUCAUCGAGAAUCAGGAAGCUUUUGAUAAAGCUCUGGCUGAUGCAGGUGAUAAACUUGUUGUUGUGGACUUCACAGCUACAUGGUGUGGCCCUUGCCAGGGUAUCGCUCCCUUCUUCAAACAACUCUCUGAGUCAGCAGAUAAUGCCAACGUGGUCUUCCUCAAGGUAGAUGUGGAUGAUGCACAGGAUGUGGCCCAGUCCUGUGAGAUCAGAUGCAUGCCGACAUUCUACUUCUACAAGGAAGGAAAGAAGAUCAGCGAGUUCUCUGGGGCCAAUCAGACAAAACUGGAGGAGCUGGUGAAGACCCUCAAGUGAAGCAUGAAUAUAAAUAGAAACUUGACUCUUAACACAUCCUACAGUCUCUCAUACCUUACUAAUAAUUUUCUUUGCCUAAUGAACUUUUCAUUCCAUGACAUGAGUUCUAGAAAUAGUAUUUUCUAACAAGUAUGCCUUAUUCAAUUUAUUGAUACUCAUUAUCAUUAAUAAAUAUUAUUUAUUAUAUAACUUUUUUUAAAGCCGUGUAACUCAAAACAGCUCAUUAAAUCAGGUUUAAUAAACAGAGAUCUACAGCAUAAAAAA